CCAUCAUCACUCAUCACUCUCUACUUUCAUCUCAACUCUUCGCAGAGUCUCACUCUGCACUCUCUUUUUCAGUUUGUUCAGUUAGCCUGACGACAAUAUGAAGCAGCAGGCCAAUUUCCUACCAUUUUAUCUUGGACUAUUGGCUUUGGUGUGUGUCUUCUGUGUCCAUGCUGAAGACCCUUACAGGAAUUUUAACUGGGUAGUUACGUACGGACAGAUUUCACCUCUUGGUACUCCACAGAGGGGCAUACUUAUCAAUGGGCAGUUUCCAGGCCCGACUAUCGAGUGCGAAACUAAUGACAAUGUAAUUGUUAAUGUUGUUAAUAAGCUGGAUGAACCUUUCCUCAUCACAUGGAAUGGGAUAAAACAAAGAAAGACUUCAUGGCAAGAUGGAGUGCUGGGAACAAACUGUCCAAUCCCACCAGGUGGACAGUGGACUUAUCAUAUGCAAGUGAAAGAUCAGAUUGGAACCUUUUCGUAUUUUGCUUCGCUCGGUAUGCAUAGAGCUGUUGGCGCUUUUGGAGGGUUUAAUAUCCAAGCAAGACCUGUUAUUUUUGUCCCAUAUCUUAAACCUGUUGCUGAGUUCAAUAUACUUGUCAGUGAUUGGUGGAAAUCUGAUCACAAGACGCUAAGACAAAGACUGGACUCCGGGAAAGCACUUCCUAAGCCUGCCGGUCUACUUAUCAAUGGUAGUCCUCGUGCAACAUCUUUCACUGGUCGAGCAGGUCAAAGGUACUUGUUUAGGGUGUCAAAUGUGGCGUUAACAACUUCGGUUAACUUUAGGAUCCAGGGUCAUACAUUGCAAUUGGUUGAAGUAGAAGGAGCUCAUACUUUGCAUGAAUCCUAUGAAUCAAUUGACCUUCAUGUUGGUCAAUCCGCUUCUUUCUUGGUAACACUUCACUCCCCAGCGAAAGGUUAUUACAUUGUUGCGUCAACUAGAUUUACAAAACCAGUUCUUACCGCUACCGGAAUCCUUCAUUAUGCUGGAUCUACAGCCAAACCGUCUUUACCAUUGCCCAUUGCACCUACCUAUCAGAUUCACUGGUCCAUGAAACAGGCGAGAACAAUCAGAUGGAACUUGACAGCAAAUGCAGCAAGGCCCAACCCUCAAGGUGCAUUUCACUAUGGAACAAUCCCGAUAACGAGAACAGUUGUGCUUGCUAAUUCAAAAGCUAAUAUUGGCGGAAAGCUUAGGUAUGCUGUGAACAAAGUCUCUCACGUCAACCCAGCCACCCCAUUAAAGCUUGCUGACUACUUCAACAUUCCUGGAGUAUUCAAACUGAACUCAAUCAAACCCACACCACCUGCAGGCCCUGCUGUUCUAUCCCCAUCCGUAAUCGGUUUCACUCUUCAUGAUUUCGUUGAAAUCGUCUUCCAGAACAACGAGAACUCCGUCCAAUCAUGGCAUCUUGAUGGUUAUGACUUUUGGAGCGUCGGUUUUGGUGGCGGGCAAUGGAAUUCGACACUGAGGAAAAAGUUCUACAAUCUGAACGAUGCUACCACACGAUACACAGUCCAGGUUUACCCAAAAUCUUGGAGCUCGAUAUUGGUGUCAAUGGACAACAAGGGUAUGUGGAAUUUGAGAUCAGCAAACUGGGCGCGACAGUAUUUGGGACAACAGUUGUAUGCUCGAGUGUGGAACGAUGAAAAGAGCCUUUUUACCGAAUACGACAUACCACAAAACGCAUUGCGGUGUGGCAAGGCUAAGUAGGCAAAUGUUAGAAAGAAUUCUGCUUUCAUUCUCCCGUGGCUCAGUUACGAGGGUGUAACCAUGGCGUUUAGGAGAAUAAUAAUGAUUAUGAUUAUUAUUAUGAUUUCGUUUACAGUGUAAGAAUAAACUUUAUUCUAAUGAUUAUUGUUUUACUUUUGAGAUCUUAAAGGCUAAUAUCAAACUAUGACUAUUCUAA